AUGGUCCAGCGUUUGACAUAUCGUCGGAGGCUUUCUUCUAAUACAGCCUCUAACAAAACUAGGUUGUCCCAAACCCCUGGCAAUAGAAUUGUUUACCUUUAUACCAAAGAGGUCGGGAAAGCACCAAAAUCUGCACGUGGCGUGUGCCCAGGCCAGCUUCACAGAGUUCAUGCUGUGAGACCUAAAGUUCUAACGAGGUUGUCUGACAUGGAAAAACAUGUCAGCAGGGCCUGUGGUGGAUCCACACGUGCUAAAUGCGUCUGUGACAGGAUCAAGUGUACUUUCCUUAUUGAGGAGCAGAGAAUUGUUGUCAAAAGUAUUGAAGACUCAAGCACAGAAUCAGAAAGCUAA